AUCUUGGCUGGAGAGACUUGGCCCUCACAUGGAUGGGUGGUUCUCUUCACACUGGCAAGCCUCAAGAUCACAUGUUCGUCUCUGCGGUUCAUUUGGGCUGGAGGCAUAGGGUCAGACUCCAGGAUCCUGCCAGUGAUCCUGAUAGCCUCCUGCAGGUGCCAGCCCAACAGCACCCAGUUCGAGAUGGGGUCCCAGGUCUCGGUGGAUACGGGAGCUGUGCACGUAGUCAUCGUGGGCGGGGGCUUUGGAGGCAUAGCGGCCGCCAGCCAGCUGCAGGCACAGAACAUCCCCUUCAUGCUGGUGGACAUGAAGGACUCCUUCCACCACAAUGUGGCAGCCCUCCGGGCCUCAGUGGAGAGCGGCUUUGCCAAAAAGACAUUCAUUUCUUACUCAGUGACCUUCAGGGACAACUUCCGACAGGGCAAAGUGAUUGGCAUAGACCUGAAGAACCAUACCGUGUUGCUACAGGGCGGUGAGGCCUUGCCCUUCUCCCAUCUCAUCCUGGCCACAGGCAGCACUGGACCCUUCCCUGGCAAGUUUAAUGAGGUGUCCUGCCAGGAAGCAGCCAUCCAGGCCUACGAGAACAUGGUGAAGCAGAUCCAGCUCUCAGAGUUCAUCGUGGUGGUGGGAGGUGGCUCUGCAGGAGUGGAGAUGGCAGCAGAGAUAAAAACGGAAUACCCCAAGAAGGAGGUCACUCUCAUCCACUCCAAAGUACAGUUGGCCGACCAGGAGCUCCUGCCCAGUGUGCGGCAGGAAGUAAAAGAGAUCCUCCUCCGGAAGGGCGUGCAGCUGCUGUUGAGCGAGCGGGUGAGCAACCUGGAGGAACUGCCUCUCAGUGAGUUCCGGGACUACAUCAAGGUGCAGACGGACAAGGGCACCGAGGUGGCCACCAACCUGGUGAUCCUGUGCAACGGGAUCAAGAUCAACAGCUCUGCUUACCACAGUGCCUUUGCAGAGAAUAGACUGGCCAGCAACGGUGCUCUCAAGGUGAACGAGUUCCUCCAGGUGGAAGGGUACAGCAACAUCUAUGCCAUCGGCGACUGUGCUGAUAUCAAGGAGCCCAAGAUGGCCUAUCACGCUGGUCUGCAUGCCAACAUUGCCGUGGCCAACAUCGUCAACUCCAUGAAGCAGAGGCCCCUCAAAGCCUACAAGCCAGGUGCACUGACAUUCCUCCUGUCCUUGGGCAGAAAUGACGGCGUGGGCCAGAUCAGUGGCUACUAUGUAGGCCGCCUCAUGGUGCGACUGGCCAAGAGCAGGGACCUCUUCAUCUCCACGAGCUGGAAAACCAUGCGUCAGUCACCACCAUGACAGGGAGGCUGCGUGGGAGUUGAGGUACCACUCGGAGGGGUGACAGACUGACCGACCAAGGACAUCCUCCUGACAGGUGCCAAGAGCAAAAGCUCUUUGGAUCACGGUGUCAGUUGUGUGCUGGCUGGAAAUACAACUUGUAUAAAGCCCGAAAUGAGAGACGGAGAGUAAAGGGGGAGACAUUAAAAAAAAAAAAAAA